AUGGCUAGAGGCGGCUGGAGUAGCCACAACCACUACUACAGCGGGUCAACAGCCGCGUCUAAUAAUAAUGCUGGUUGGCUUAGUGUGGUGUGUCUCACCAGCGCACCGAAUGCAAGCAAAGGUACCAGGCUGGCUACACCUGAUGAAGCACCCAUUCACCAACCAUCUUCUCCUCGUCUGCCUCCUCCCGGCCGUCGUCUGGGUGCUAGGCUGCUAGCCUUAGCCGGAGCCGGAGCCGACGACCAAGUGCCGCCGCAGGCGCACCGGCGGCCAGCUGGAUGCAAAUCGAGGUGCGGCGACGUCGACAUCCCGUACCCAUUCGGCAUCGGCGACCAGUGCGCCUUCGACCAUGGCUUCGACCUCGCCUGCACCCGUCGCGUCGACGGCACCUACAGGCCUUUCCAUGGCCCGUUCGAGUUGACCAACAUCUCCAUACCCGAUGCCAAAGCUUGGACGAAGAUGAACAUCUCUUGGCAGUGCCAUGAUAAGGACGCGGGCCCCGGCCACAUGAAGUGGGAGACUUGGAGACAAAAUUUCACACACACGCCGUUCAGGAUCUCGACCGUGGACAACAAGUUCUUCGUCAUUGGCUGCAACACGCUAGGCUAUAUUACGAGUGAAUAUUAUACCAUAGGUUGCUUGUCCCAAUGCUACAUGGAACCGACAAACACGAGGUCAUGCUCCUUCGGCAGCGGCUGCUGCGAGGUGGAUGUUCCAAUUGACAUGGGGUGUUUUCAGUCUUACUUCAAUCCAGACUACAACGCCACCGCUGGCUGCGGCUAUACAGUAGUGAUGGAAGCGAACGCGUUCAGCUAUAGCGCGAUGUAUAGGAACUCAGGCCUUGUUUAG